AUGGCAAGCCCUUUGAUGGAGGAUCUCGAGGCUCUCCAGGACGUACACUCCGAGCCCGAGGAGUCCCCGGAGGAGGUCGCUCCUCCGAGCUCCCGCGGCUGGGUGAAGAAGGUGGGUUUGGCAGCGGCUCUGCUCGGGCUCCUAGGGCUUGCGGGCCUGGCGGGCACGCAGCACUUCGGCGCCUUCCAGGGCCACGCAUCCCUUGGCUUGAAGACGGCGUCGAAAGUGAUGAUUUACAAAGAUGUGCUCACCGGAGAUGAGAUGAUCACUGACAACUACGAACUCACGGAGGCCUUCAAUGGCGCUGCCCUGACAGCGAAGUCAAGUUUGGAGGACGGCAACGAGGGGGAGAAGGUGUUGAACAUUCCGAAGCACUUCCAUCUGCAAGAGAUGGAGCUGCCCAAGAAAGACUUCAUGCUCUGGGCGAAGGAUUACAUGAAGAAACUUCUCCCGAAGCUCCAGAAGGACGACCCAGACCGUGUCGCCGACUUCAAGAGGGGCGCAACGGACAUGAUCAAGUUCGUCAUGAGCAAGUAUGAUGAAUUCCAGCUCUUCGCUGGGUCCGGCCCAGAUCCACUUGAAGGCGGCCCCGCCAUGGCUUACACGAAAGAGGGGGAUCUCACGCCUACCUUCUACUUCUUCAAAGACGGCCUCAAGGGGGUGAAAUACUAG